AUAUUUAAAUAUAAAAAUUUUCAUUUUGUUUAUAAUAUUGUAUUUUUUUCAAAUAUGAAUAUAAAGUGAAUAAUUUUUCACUUUCUCACAUAUUUUGUCAAACCCUAUAUAAACUUAGUUGUAUACCAUUCCACUUGCUAAACCAAUUCUUCUAACUCAAAAGUCUAAGGAAUGCGGGCGAUCCGAACCCGAACCAGGCCCAUGCACCGUCUUCUCACGAGUCACGACCUAUAUAACCUCCUUACAAAAAAAGCCCAAAAAUCUUCGUUGUCUAGGGUUCCAUUUUUCCACCGAAGGAGCAAGUUAACGAUGGCCUGUACCAUCGAUUUCCGCUACCUUGACGAAGGCUUCGGCGGCAAGACCUACAAGCGCAAGCGCGAGGCCGAGGCAGCCGCCGCCGCUAGCUACAGCAACGAUGACUCCAUGGAGAUCGACUCUUCCUUGCCCCCGCCGGCAAAGCGGUCGGCGGUCCCCUCCGCAGACAAUCCCGACAAGCCGACCUUCGGGACGCCAACCUACGACGGAGUGAUUGCGGGGAGGGUAUCGGGAAGGAACUGGAAGCAGGCCAGAAAGCACCGGUCGUCGGCCAAGGUGGUGAGCAGGCGAGUGGCGCCAUUCGAGGAGAGGCAAAAGGAGAAGCAGAUCAAGAAGGCAUACAGAGAAAGGGUGAAUGAGCUGAAGGAGGUGAUCAGGAGCAACAAAGUGGAGAAGAGGAAGGCCAGGGAAGAGAGGGAAAAGAGGAAGAAGGAGAAUGUGCUCAAGUCUGGAACCAAGUUGCAGAGGAUCAGUAAUCCCAAGACUCUGCAGAAGAUCGCCAAGUCGAAAGAUCGGAAAUCGCUCAAAGUCGUUCCUGAUGCUGUUUUCAAUAAGAACAUCAAGGGCAAGAAGUAGUAAUAGUGGUAGUAGCAAUCUCUGUUUCUUAGCGUGAUUUCUUUUUUCAAAGUCCUUUCCUUUACCUCUGCUAUGAAUAUUGUUGUUGGAAUGAAUCAAUCAAUCAUCUCGAGUUUU